GGAGGGAGGGAGGGAGGGAGGGAGAGAGAGAGAGAGAGAGAGAGCACAAAUACAUCCGGCGGAGGCUGGUGCCGGCUUUCCCUCCCGACUGGAUUACUGGACCAAGUUGGAGGCAGUCUGAAGGAACGUCUCCGGCUGUGGCAGAAUCAUAUUGUCGCCGUUAGCUAGCGGCCGUUAAAUCGCGCAACCAUGAACAGCGUAGCGAACUGGCUGGUGGACAACAAGGACAAGAUCGAGAAAGGGGUGGACAUCAUGGGGCAGGCGUCCGAGGUUCUGGCCGCCACCGUGGGCCAGCUGCACCCCAUCCUGGAGGCGGUCUUCAUGGCCUCGGCCGAGAUCCUCAGCAACCCGGAGAGCAAGGAGGCCAUCUACCUGAGCCAGAAGAUCGAGCAGGUCAACCAGAAGCUGGUUGGGAUCCAGAGCGAGAUCGACCAGAUCGCCCUGGAGCUGCAGAGGACGUCGAUGAACAAGCAGAGCUUUGAUCGCGAGGCCCACAUGCUGGGCCAGUACGAGAAGUUCCAGGAGUUCAUCAACGCUAAGCCGAGCAUGAAGGAGAAGAAGAAGGAGAAGUUCAUCAAGUAUUACGAGAACACCGAGGCCGACUUGAACUUGGACGCCCUCUACAACGCCGUCGUGGGGGAGAACACGGCGGGGGACCCCAUGCUGGACACCGUGGUGACCACGGAGCAGAGGAGCCGGAGGGCGGUGGAGGACUUCUGCGCUCGGCUCAAGAAGCUCUUCGUGGUCGGCCUCAUCGCCGUCAUGGGCUACGCCGCCCUCAAGGAAGGCGUGGUGGAAACGGGCAUGAUGACCAAGUGGCAGGACAGGAUGGAGGCGGUGGAGAAGCGCAUGAAAGCCGCCGUGGACCACUGCACGGAGACCUUCGUGGACCAGGCCAAGCUGGACCUGGAGGACGUGCUCAAGGAGGACACGUGCAGGGUCGGCGAGGACUUCACGCGUUCGCUCCUGGCCACGCUGGUCAAGAAGUACGACUGGGUCAAGUGGUCGGUGCGCGCCUUCAACAGCCGCGAGCGCAUCUUCUUCUACAACUGGCUGGCGGGACGCAAGUUCCACGGCAGCGGCGGGGCCAACUGGUUCGAGCUCGUGACCGGCAACAAGAUCAAGGUGGUGGUGUCGUUCUGCGUGGACCCGCAGCCCAUCGACAAGACCCGGAUCUACGAGCAGAUCGAGCAGCAGAGGCUGAAGGGCAACAUGAUGGCGGUGGCCCUCACGCUCAACCGCUGCUUCCCCGAUUGCCUGGUGCACGCCGUCAGCCACUACAAGGAGGUGGUGGAGUCCAACAACUUCAGCGUGGAGUCCUACUACUACGGCAAGCACAAGCGGGCCUUCCUGUGCAUUCACCCGCAGUAGAAGCAGCGCCGCUGCGCGCGCCGUGUCCUCCAUGAAUGUUCAACGCAAUGGACUCUGAAGCACGAAGUCAAUCCACUUUGAAUGUCUUUCUAAGGUCCUUAUUUCAUCUCAGACUACUUAGAGCAAUGAAUCUGAAUCAAAGGGGGACAUAUUAUGGAAAAUGCACUUUUUAUUUGCUCGUAUUCAAAUUGUUUGAAGUCAGCUAAGUCGCAGGCGUCAAACUCAAGGCCACUCUAAUUGUGUGAACGCUCAACGGCAUUCAACAUAAAAUGUUUCCUUUCAUGGUCCGAUAUUUCCAAGUAAAGUGUACGUCAGCCAAGUCUGUUGUUUCGUGAAGUGACAAAAAUCCAUGUUGCAAAAGACCAGCAUGUUUUCGCUUUGCGAGAAAUAGCCCAGAGGCAGCUAGCGAGGCUUCCCGUUUAUAUAAACAAAAAGUCACAACGCAGCGAAGACCCCAAAGAGAACGCCCCGCUGACUUUGUUGUGUCAUAGAGCAGGACCCCCCCCGAUUGAUUUGGAACAUCAAUCUGACAUGCUUGAAUCACUGUGAUGUUACUUUUCUUGUCAGUCUUUCAACCUUGCCAUUUUUUUAUAUUUUUACUGAUUUUCCUUCGUGGGUACAAAUUUUUAGAUGAACAAAAGAUGUCCCCCCCCCCGCCCCCCCUCCCUCAGGAAUGUAAUGUACAAAACCACUACCUGUGUAGAAAAACAUAUUCCAUCGAAUAUUUGACAGCUGGACUAAAAUUGUGUUGCAGAUGUUUAGAAUUUAAGAUAUCUACAUGUCCAUUUUCAGAUAUCUUCAAUUGAUUUUUGACUAAGCGAAAUGACGUUGUCGAUAUCUCAAACUGGAUUUACAGAUAUCUGCAACUGAAUUGUGAAUAAAUGUAGCGAGAAACCCCGUACACAUGAACGGCAAAAGUAAGUGACGUCAUUGGUCGGAGGCGAUAUGGCGUUGCGCUUUGAACGGGUAAAACUGAAGUACAGCUAUCGCUUGCUGUCCUUUCGACGAGUCACAGUUGCAGACAUCAUGAAUGAAAAUUCGAACUAUCCAAAAUGUCAUUUCCACGACAGUAAUCCCGCGCUAUAUCGCGGUUCAUGUUUCGCGGUCUCGCCAUGUCACAGAUUUUUGGGGCAAGUGUUAAUACAGUUGUUCAUCUAUUUUCUUUUUUUGGGGGGGUAAAUUGUGCAAAUGUUUUGUGCCAUCCAUUGCUCUUACUGUCUCUCUCAAUAUAUUAUGUGUUAAAAUGUGUUUUUAUUGUUUUACAAGUGUGUAUAAAAGACCUUCCCAAAUCAAA